AGUGUUUUUAGAAAAUGGAAGACACAAGUACCUGUUAUAAAUAGACACUGGAAGUUAAUUCAGCCAUUAUCGCCCCGCGGACGGCAAUUAAGAUCUAUUCAACAAGAGCAUAAUGGAAUCCAAAAUGCGCAUCUUUUGCGCUUUGUUAGCGGUCUGUGCGCUCUCUGUAGAAGCCUUGCCCAGGACCUCGCAGAGGAUCGUGGGCGGCUCGCUGGCCACCAUCAGCCAGUACCCCUACGCCGUGGCCAUGCUGUACGGCACCUCCAGCUACUUCCAGUCCUGUGGCGGCACCAUCCUCACCAGCACCGCCGUGCUGUCCGCUGCACAAUGCGUGGUGGGCAACACACCAAGCAGAUGGCGCGUGCGCGUGGGCUCCUCAUUCUCCAGCAGCGGCGGCUCGGUCCACACCAUCCGUCUACUCACGUACCACGCCGGCUACAACGCGCAGACCAUGGACAAUGACGUGGCAGUCUUGAGGACCUCGACGCCUAUAACCUUCAUCCCCAAUGCCGUCGCCCCCGCGACCAUCGCCGGGCCGAAUUAUGUGCUCAAUGACAACCAAGCUGUGUUCGCUGUUGGAUGGGGGACUACUAGCUCAGGCGGCGGCACCUCCGAGCAGCUCCGCCAGGUGCAAGUGUGGACGGUGAACCAGGCGACCUGCCGUGGGCGCUACUCCGAACUGGGCUACGGCGUGACAGACAAUAUGCUGUGCUCGGGCUGGCUGGACGUGGGCGGGCGCGACCAGUGCCAGGGCGACUCCGGCGGCCCCCUCAUUCAUAACAACGUCAUAGUCGGCGUCUGCUCCUGGGGCUACCGUUGCGCCCAGCCUCGCUACCCUGGAGUUAAUACUAGGGUGUCUAAGUACACUUCGUGGAUUCAGAAUGCUGUUGCUUAAGUGGGGUUUUUAUGCUGUUAGUGGAAGUGGGGUUUUAUGGUCGUUUCAAUAAAAAGUCAAUGAAA